AUGCCGGAGUAGGAGUUGUUAAUGAUGUGAGUCCGUAUCGGCAGAUUUGUGGUGAAAUAUAAAAGAUUUUUUUUAUAAACUCGCAGAUGAGAAAUUACACGUGUUGUUGUGACAAGUCUGUUUCUCGAUGAGGGCAAGUUGACGUUUUAUUAGUUUUAUUUGCCUCCUCGGCUCUGAAGAGGAAGUUUAAUUUAAAUAGUCGGUAUCACAGCCUCGAGGUGGGAACGAUGUCUCUGAGCGAUGAGUUGACUGUUCUGCUCCUUCUGAUCAGCGGGGUUUCUGCUGUGAGUGUUUUACCUCCAACAAACGUAAGAGUGAGCUGCCAAAAUGUAAAGGUCUCUGUCGGCUGGGAUUACAGAACCAAACCACAAAUCUUUAGAGGAACCCUUCAUCCAUGGAAUUGUACAUUUGAAACCACAGAUCACGAGUAUGACCUGAGCAACUGUAUCUGGAAAUCUGGGGAUGAGGGAUAUCUCGGGUUCAUGUAUGUCACUGUAGCAGCUGUACAGGAUGGCAUCAAGUCUGAAGCUGAGAAGUCAAAUACUUUUUCCUUUAAAUUUUCACGGACAGUCGACACAAGAUGUUCUUUAGAGUUCCCUCCUGUAAAACUAGAACUGAAGGAGAAGAAGUUCACAGUAAGUUUCCAGAAUCCCCUCAAGUUCUACAAAGAGAUGUCACAGAAGGACACGCGUGAAUACAAAAUCGACUUUACAGUUAAAAAUGAACAGGGAGCCUGCACAACAUCAUGCACAGAUGAAAAAAUCUGCCAAUGUAAUACUGUGUCAUUCAAAGAGGGCGUGAAGAAGUGCGUCAAUGUGAGCGGAUGGUUGUUAGUCAGGACCGGUGCUCAGCAGGUGGAGUUCAAAGAGACAGAGACAUGCACGGUAUCACCUCCCCAAUCAGGUUUCAAUGAGAUGAUACUCGCAGCUGUGCUGUCAACCUUGCUUUUAUUUGUUCUCAUUGUGGUAACAGCUUGCAUCUGUAAGCUAAAGGCGUGGACAUUUAACCCCUCAGAUACUCUACCUUCAUCUUUGAAGAAGGACAGUGCAGGGAAUCAGAGCAAGCAUCCACCCAACCCAACCAGACCACACAUUAGUCGAAUCUCUGUCGAAAGCUUAGACAGCAGUCAGGACGACCCCGAGGAAACUGUUCUUCUCAAGGACACCGGUCAGCCUGCAGACAACAGCAGUACUGGCUCUGACUACAACCCUAGCAACUCCUGCUACGCAGAGAGACCGCAUUUGGACAGCAGCGCUUCUGACAGAAGCAGGACGGAUGAUGACUCUGGCGACGACUCGGUAAAGACGGAGUGUGUUUCAAUCGAAGAAAGGUCUGCUUAUGACUGCCCACAUGUGAUGAUGGACAUGGGUGGUGGAGACAUGGUUACAGGUUACACUGGGAAUUAAGUCAUGACUCAGAGGACUGAAGCUUUUGUUUAAACUCAGGUCAUCAAAGGUUAACAAUCUAAGCCCACCUUUGGAAUGUGAGUUUAUAACAAUAUGAAAUCUUCACUAUAUUUUUGCCUUUUGAACAUAUUGGGCCAGUGGUUAACACUGCACUGACAGACUUGGUUGUCUCAGGCAAGCACCUGUACCAGCCGACGGUGUGUGUAAGACAUUUGGGACAGGAGCGUCCGUCCAUCUGGUCUCUUAACUUUAUAUCUAAGACAGUGGAGCCUGUCUGAGACUCACCCUGGGGGAAAGUCUAUCACGAGGCCAGUGGCUCAAAUAAAACCCAACUAUCUAUAACAGGGUAAAUAAACAUGAUUGUUUUUCUGUCUUUUUGUUGUAUUGACCCUUAAACACUCUUAAAAAUGCUUUAGAGCCAUUGUAAGGGUUUUGCAUGAAUAGUCAGAGAUAAACCAGGAAUUUUCCACUCCUGACAGCAGAACUGUAGGUGUCACAACUACCUUUCAAUGCUGCUGACGGUGCCACACCUCUGCUGCCUGUUGUUUGGAAAAACUGCAGCCGGCAAAACCUGCUCUGUAGGCCAUGGGUUAGUGCCUUUCUUCUGCUUGCCUCAUAGGCACGCAGGUUUGUUGUUUACUUCAGGGUUGAUGUUUUGUUUUUUCUAUGAUGUGGGAAGUGUAAAAUAUUGUUGUAUUAAAGGUAUUUUUGUACAGCUUAUAUGAUCACAUUCUCUUUAAAGGUCGGAGACUGGAAUGAUUUUUUAAGUUUUUUAUGUGCAUUGACCAAGAAUGUUUGCUUCCAGCAUCACUAAUAACAUGAAAACGUAUCAAACAUGAGUUUUUCCUCUGACUGAAACAUUUAGGCCUGCUCUCUCCUCUUUAUUGCAUAACAAGAAGGAAUGUAAACACAUUUUAUCCUGUGGGGAUGAGACGGCACGUUAAAAUCGGCAGGAACCCGGAAAAUUGCUUCUGUCUUGUUUUGAUCAUCUAUUCAGAACUUUUAUGAUUUUAUCGCCAGCAGUGGCGACUGUUUGUGGCUGGGUGUGACUUGAAGUGUUCCAGUACAAAUCAAAUGUAAGGGGAUGCAUUACAGGUGAAAAGAAGGAAAGAACUUUCUAAUAUAACUAUUAAUCUUCCAUUGUGGAUUACUUAAUGUAAGAAUAUUUGUAAUAUC